AUGCAACCAUUGGCACCGCGGCCAAAAGUGUAUCAAUUACCAUCACCUCACCAGGACCUACAUACAACACCAGUUCCUCAUCCAGCGGCGCCUCCACUAUACUACUGCACCGGCUCCAAAUUCUGUGUUCGGGGUAAAAGGAAGGCAGUGCUGAUUGGCAUCAACUAUUUCAACAAGCGUGGACAACUGCGCGGCUGUGUUGACGACGUCAAGAACAUGGCCGCAUAUCUCAACCUUUGUUUCGGAUACGACAAAAAUGACAUGGUCAUAUUGACUGACGACCAGCGACGUCUGAUUUCUCAACCGACAAAGAUCAAUAUACUUACGGCGAUAACCUGGUUGGUCAAGGAUGCUCGACCUGGAGAUUCUUUGAUCCUUUAUUACAGCGGUCACGGUCGGUGUCCGGCACUCGAUGAAAAUGAUGACAUCUGUCCCCUGGAUUUCAAUACUGCUGGUUUUAUUACCAGUGAUGAACGCCAGCAAAUAAUGACGAGGUCGCUACUCCCGGGAGUCAGUCUCUCGAUCAUUCUUGACACGUACCAUCCGGAAAAUUACUUCGCGUCCGGAUGA